CCCCGGACUAAGGGACGACUCACCACAUAUUGAAAUCGGGGAUACUAUACAAAUCCGUCAGCUGUUCACCGACACUUAUGGAAAUCUGAUCCGUGUUUCUAUGCCGUCAGAAAGCCGACAGGAUCAUGGCAGUGCCUACGUAUCAUGGAACCGGACCGCAUUCAACGCAAGCGUAUUCAGCAGCAUCAUCUACGCAACAGACCAGUUCGAACCAAUCGUCUCAUAACGCCUCUCUCAAUGGUGCUUCAGGAACAAACGGAGCAGUGGAAGAGUCCGUUGGCGACACCAAGCCACCAUGCAAUGACUGGAUUCGCCGUAUGCUUUUCCCCCGCGAAUCGGACGGUCAAGUCCAGACAGAGUUACGCAAAUUACCGUUCCAGGGAAUGUUCGAUCGACUUAUCAAUUACGAACAGCUACAAAGCGUCAAUUCGGUUUCCAAGCAGAACUACGGAGUGAUGCCCUUCAUCAUAUCAGGACCCCCGGGAACGGGCAAGACGAAAACCAUUGUUGAGACCACAAUGCAAUUAGUGCAUACGACAGACAUCGCUCACGUUCUUGUCGUGGCCCCCUCGGAGCCUGCAGCUGAUACAUUGGCUCUUCGACUGAAGAAGUAUCUCACUCCGCAACAAUUGCUCAGACUGAACGGUCCCUGGCGAGCUGAUAAUGAGGUUCCUGCUGAGAUCCUCAGUCACUGUCAUAUGGAGAGAGGAAUGUUCUACAUUCCUCCGUUUGCUCAACUCAUGAAGUACAAUGUUGUCGUUACUUCCACCCGCGACGCAUCAAUACUGGCAGAUGCACGCGUGACCAACAACGACCUGUAUCAUAUUGAAACCAACAUGCACUCCGCAUUCCAUUCAGAAGGACACCAUCGUCCCGAAACUCUCCACUGGGGAGCGCUCCUGAUGGACGAAGCCGCCCAAGCAACCGAACUCGACACCCUCGCAGCUCUCAGCAUAGUAUGCCCACCAUCGGCAUGGCCAAUGGGAGAUAACGUCGCCCAACCCUGCUUCAUCAUGGCAGGCGACCAGCACCAACUCGGCCCUCGAACAGCCUCCCUGCACCCAGAAUACUCCCGCUCACUCUUCGCGCGCCUCGCAGAACGCACAGCCUACUCCGACCACCCACUGUCUCGCUCUCGAGCCCGACCCACCAACAGACCCCUCGUCAUGACCGCCCGCAUGCUACCAAUGCUAUACCCACCCUUCGCAAACCUCACCCGCAACUACCGCUCCCACCCGGCGAUCCUCACCUUCCCGUCGUGCGAAUUCUACAACGACACGCUGAUCCCCGAAGCGCCCGUCCCCACGACCCCACUCCAGCACUCCCCGCUGUGGAAAGGCCGCGGCUGGCCCGUUCUCUUCGUCCCCAACAGCGGACCCGACGACAUCGAGCGCGACGGCGGCGGCUGGUACAACAUGUCGGAGGCGAAGGUCGCGCGGGACGUCGCGUUGCACCUCGUCAUGAACUCGGGCGUCGCGGAGCGCGACAUCGUGAUCAUGAGCCCGUUCGCGGCGCAGGUGAAGAGGCUGCGUGCGGUGGUGCGCACGACGCGGUACUGGAACCGCUCCGGCAUGUGGGACGUCAAUAUCGGGCCGUUGGAGGCAUUCCAGGGCCUCGAGAGUCGGGUUGUGAUUCUCUGUGUCACGAGGACGAAGGAGAAGUUCGUGGACUUGGAUGUCCAGCGUGGGCUUGGGGUCGUGGGGCAGAGGAGGCAGAUGAAUGUUGCGUUGACGAGGGCGAAGGAGGGGUUGAUUGUAAUUGGUGAUCCAAAGGUAAUGAAGAUGGAUCCGCAUUGGAGGCGUUGGUUGGCGUUUUGUCAGAGGAAUGGGUUGGUGCAGGAGAGCUUGUGGUCGUUGGGAUUACAGAGGGAGUACCAGGAUGUGGGCGUGUUGGAGAGGGCGUUGCUGGCGAAGGAUGAGUUGAGGAAUAAUCACAGUGGCAGGGUUUUGGGUGCUGCUGCGAUGCUGGAGGAUGAGAUGUGGACUGCGGGAUUGGAGGCGGCUCUGGACGAAUAUGAUGAUGGAUAUCACGAGGAAGCGGAGUCUGACGGUGACGAUGAAGCGACCUUGGUUUAGAGAUCGAAGCAUAGAGGGUCACACUAGCUGUUGAUUGUCAAAUUUGGAUGGAUAUCUGGCGGCUGUUUGGGGCAUUUUGGU